AUGAUGUCGUGUUCGUUCUUGAGUGCGGCGGGUAUGGCACCUGAGAGUUCAGGGGCAGCGUGCUGGACUCCGCCGUCGAUGACGUGUCCGCCGAACUUGGAGGGUCCAUCGAGCAUGAUGCCGCCGUACAUUCGCCCGCCCAGCUUGCUGAGCUUGCCGUGCAUGCCCGCGCCGCCUACGUUCGCGCCGGCCGCACCGAGCGCGCCGGGUCCCUCGCACGAACCAGCUCUCGACCUGACGAAACCGUCGUCAUCCCUCAAGUGUCAUCUCCCGUCUCCGGCCAGCGACGGCGAGACAGAGUGA